AUGCUUACGAGGGGGGUGCCUGUUCCAGACACGAGCAUUGUUGUUACUGCCUGGGAAGAUGCCUAUUCUUGGUUGAGCCCGGUCGACGAUCGUCUCUUCAUGUUAGAGCUUGACUCAAUCAUCUCGCAAGACCUUAUGGACGAGACACUCCCAGACGACAAGGCCAUAACUGUCCCAGUUCCUGCGGUUGAUUUGACGGUCGAAAACCGGUUUCAGGCACUCAAUGUAGCCGAUAUCAGUCACUUCGUUGUUCAGUAUUCCUGCGCAGGUCCCAAUUAUGACUUCGACAAGCCUUGGCCGUUCUGGUUCUUCAUUGGGAAAACCCUAUCGAAGGCGUUUCUGGGGAAUGAGGAUCAGCUCGAGUGGUUUAAUGCUGUGAGGGUCAGAGAUCGGGAGUUUAUUACUUUAACCAAUGUUGGGAGAGAGAAUAGUUUGGAUUCCCGGGAGAUGAACCAUGACCUUGAUGAAAAAAGGGAUCCGGGGAUCGAGGACGAAAGGAGCAAAGCACAGCAUCAAGAGGGAGAUCCUGCUUCCGCGGUAUGA